UUGAUAGUAACAAAUAUGGCGUACUAAGUCGAAAAUAAGAACUCCAUUUUCGGAGUUCAAAACGACAUUUACACCCUUUUCGUUCCCAUUUGUUAACAUUCAACAUGUCAUCGAAGCCAAGAAAAUCAGUCUAUUCUCCGCAACCUGCUCUGGCAAAUGGAAUGAAGGGAAACCUCAUCCUAAAAAGUAGCCCAUUUGCCCCCACACAGAACAGUCUCAACUCUCAGUACCUGGUCCUAGAUCACAUGAAUGCUCACUACAGGAAAGUUAAUACUGCAAAAAGUGCUAUUGACAUGUCAGUUCCAAAGGCUUGGCUUGUCAGUCAGAAAGUCCGUGACCAGAACAGACGUGCACAGCAACAGAAAUCUAAGAGUCGUCCUCCAUCAGGUGCCAAGUCUGUGCCAAGUGCACAAAUACAGGAUGAUGAAGAUGAGGAUGAUUUUGACCCAGAAAUAGGCACAUCGCGAGAAGAAAUGGCUUUAAUUAAGAACUUAAUACAUGAAACACAACAAGAAAAAGAGGAGGAGGAGGCUAGAAUGUAUGCAAAGAACAACGGGGAAGAUUAUGACCCUUACCAAAACAGGAGACGUCCCACAGCAAGUGAUAUGCAGCUCUUAGACCGAAUGAUCAAGGAUUCAAGACAAUCCCCAAGCUCAUACAAAAGCCCACGUCCCAUGGCCUCAAAUAUCCCUGACUCCAGGGAGGGAAGUAUCAGCCAAACCCAGGGGGGAACCCCUAGGAGAAAACAAGGGGGAGACCUUCUAGAUACCAGGGGACAUAAAUUUACUGAGCCACAGAAACCUUUUACCCCAAGGACUCUCAAGUCAACUAAGUCGUCAAAGCUGACUCAGUACAAGUUUUACAACCCACCACCUAAGAAACAGGUACACAAGAGAAGGGGUAUCGACCCUUCAGUUCGAGGAGAGACACCCACUGACACAUAUGAUUUGAUGGAUGAGACUUUGCAAAGCCGGGAUUUCUCUAGACUCAGGCAGUCGGGAACUGUGCCUCCACUGGACAUCUCACUCGACGCUGACCACAUGAAGUGGUUAAAGGAACAGGAGAAGAAAGCUCAAGUCAGAGCUGGAAGCCAUGUGCAGCAUGAACUGGAGCUAGAUCACCAGCGGGGGUCACUCAUGCAGGCCCAUGGAGGCCCAAGAAAAGACAGAAGUAACAGCUACUUGGACAUGACUGGCAAGCAUCAGCAACAAGACAGCAUGUCAGGGUCAAGAAAAUAUUUGAGCCGCUCAAACACAAGUACAAUGCAACGAGUUAAAGAUGAGGAGGAUGAACUAAAAUAUCUGGAGUUUAUUAAAGAAGUUACCAACGAUGUUCUGGAAAGAGGGAUUUUUACAAAUAGGGUGCUUAAGCAGGUGUUUGAACACCACAUCGAAAAAAGAAAACAAGAUUUGAAAAUAAGCCGAAUGCGUGCCUUGGUGGACACUCUAAGGGAAGACCUUGGAAUUCCUGAAGACGAUGGCAGUUUAGACACAGAUGAUGUGGGCAUGGGGACCACCACGUCUGUGCCGCCUCUUGUCAAACCCAGGUCUGCUACACUCAGCAAUAACCACAGUGCUAACUACGAAGAUGAAUUCGACAAAGAUUAUCUCAAACUGGCAACGAGGCUUCAACUUGAGGGAGGCUUGGAUGGAUCUUCGAGUUUUAACUCGCAGAAAAAUUACGAAAAUAAUGUGAACAAUAACAAUACAGGACAUGGAAAAUUUGAAUACAAAGGGAUGAAUGGUGGUGGUGGUGGUGGCCAUGGAAAAGAAAACGGUGAUUUAGGUUGGGUGAAUGGUAAUACAGUGGAUGUGAACAAAAAUACAUACUUGACAGAAGUCGAAGAGGAUGGCAGUGGGAGCACCCUUCUAAACAUGAAAGGGACCUAUGACAGGCUAGAGCCAGUGUCAGAGGAAGUGACUCCAGAGUUGACGCCCAAAGCACCACCUCGGCGAUCUCUCCACGCCAUGUCAUCAGCACUGAGUGAAGAAAAGGAGGUUAGACAUCUGUCAUCUGUUGAAGACGAUGACAAACCCAAGCCCAGCCCUAGACCACGACCUAGAUUACAACAAAAAAAGACCAUAGAGGAGACAGAUGAUGAUGACAUAACAGAAACCAAGACGGUUACAACGGAAAAUGAAGAAUCCACAGAAUUAAAGCAAAAAAAGACCUCAGAGGAGGCAGAUAAUGAUGAUGAUGAUGACGGCUUAACAAAAACCAAAGCACUUACACUGAAAAAUCAAAAAUCCACUGACGUAGAGGACAAAGAGGAAGAACCAUUGGAUUCUGAUGAACUUUUAAGACAAGUCUCAGACAAGCUAAGUGAGUUGAAAAGUGAUGAUGAUGAUGCAAAAAGCAACAUUGAUGAUAGCAAUAGCAAGAAAAAUGGUGCUCUUAGCAGGCAGAGUUCAGUUGAUUUGUCAGAAAAACUCAACAAAGAUAAAACUGUUGAUAAAGAGGGUUCUACUAACCCAGAAAACAAAGAGGCAGAGACUUCUAGAAAUGAUGAGAAUGCUGCUGCUGCCUCAACUAGAAAAGACAACGACAUAGAUAUUACGUCAGAUUUUGAGUAUAGUGAAGAUGAAGAUCAAAAAGAUGAUGCUGGUAAUGAUGAAAAUGGUGGAAAAUCUACAGCAAGAUCAGAUGAUGAUGACUUUUAAGAUCUGUAAUAUCAAUUUGUACUGUCCAGAUAUGUAUUUCUGAAAAUGUUACCGAAAUGUCACUGUAUUUUGUUCUGUCAUUGACAUUUGCUCAGACCAUUUUAAUCUUGUGCAUGAUUGCACAGCUGUGCUACUAUUGUUAUAGCUUUCCUGUUAAUUAUAAAUUACUGUAGCUUUAAGUAUAGUAUUUCAAUAUGAUACAUGGUAAGUUCUGUGAUAUGCUUAAAGAGGAAUAUAUUUAUAUACACUGGUACAUUCAUAUCAUCAUUUUGUUAUUCAUAUUGUUUUUUAAGCAAAUUUUUUAUAUAAAGCCAUAAAAAGCCAGGUUCAUUUUUCUUGUACAGCUCAUUUUUUAGUGCAAGAAACAUCCGUCCACAAUGUUAUAGACCUAAAUGCAAAUAUAUACUUCAAGUUUGUCAUUAUUUGUUGCAUUUUUGUCAUUGGUGUCCCUUUUUGUCAAAGAGAAAAAACAAAUUCAGUAUUUAUUUAUUUCUUUGGCAUUUGUGUAACCAUCCAAAGUGAUAUUUUUUAAAAUCUCUAUCAUUGUCACCAGAAAGUAUGUUUAAUAGCAGUUCCUAUGUUACUUUGUCACAUUUGAAAAUGGGUUUUCUAUUAUCAUCUAUUGAUUUCAAAAAAAUUUUAUAAGGGGUAAAUCGGAAACACUACUGUGGAUAAAUAAUGCUAUGUAUUUUGAUAGAACCAAAAAGACUUCAAAAAGUUCACUUUAUGGGUUGCUUUCUCUGGUUUUAAAACUAGUCCUCUGCCUCACUGAUAAUAGGAAAUUUCAAGUACAUUUUAUAGCUUAAAAUUACCAUUUUCAAAUAUCACCGAUUCUCAGCAUCUGUCAUUUAUUUUAACUAGCUUAAUUUUAGUUUUCUAACAAUUGUACAUGUAUUACUGCAUUGAAUUUGAUAUAUAGGUUAGUAUAAUAGAAUUUGAAUUUGGUAACAAAGUAAUUCAAAGCAAUAUACUGUAAGUCAACACCUUUGUACUAAUAAAAGCCGUGAUGUCAAUCAAUACUUACAGGAAAACGUCUCAUUGAUGAUAAAGUCUACUUAUUUUAAACAUGCAUCCUGGGUUCUUUUGUCACAUAGAUAUGAAUUGUUUCUUCUGGAUGUAUUUGCUCCUUGUCUGGUCUUCACAAAUACAUGACAUGAGAGAGUAACAUUUGGUGAUAAACUGGUCAUAUUCAAUUUAAUACACAGAAAGGAGCUUUUUUUCCAAGUUAUACAGGGGAUGGUUACAUAGCAAAACAAAAGAAAAGCUGUGCGAGUUUUGAUGCUUUCGAUGACUUUGUGCUCGCUGUGACCUAAUACUGUAAAGUCACCAAAUUGUAGCCAAUGGUUUAAAAAGCCUGCAAUUGCGAA